AUGGAUUCCUCGAGACUAGCAGUAGCAAUGCGGCCUCCUCGCGCUGCGGCGAUGUGGAUCGCCGUCGUAAUGGCCGUGUCGUUCGCCCUCGUCCCCGCAGCAGCAGCGCUGCGCUACGGGCAAUCGGAGCCGCCUCCCAAGCUGGAUUAUGCGUCGUGUGCGGCGGAGGUGGAGGAGUGGGUGGAUGUUCAGAUGGCAGAGACCGCGGAGGUGCAGUGGCAGCGGGAGGAGCGGAUGGCUAAUGGAGAGAGCCCCAUGCCACAGACGCUCUUCUUUCUCCACGUGGCUCGAGCAGGAGGGAGGACUUAUCACCAAUGCUUCCUGAGCACGCUCAUGCCCAGCACCGUGCAGUGCAACAUGUCAUACCACGUGCUACGAGAUGACCCCACCAUGGGGUGUCGCCUGCUAGCCACGCACGACGACUACGGCAUGACCACGCUGCUCCCUCCCGGCGCCGCCACGGGCGUCACAACCCUCUUCCGUGAACCGCUCGACCGCGUGCUGUCCAUGUACGAGUUCUCGGUGCACAUCUCGGGGCGCAGCAUGGGGCUCGACCUCAAGCAGCUCCCGGACGAGACGCUGUACGCCGCCCGGCGCAAGAUGCGCGAGCACUACAGGAACCUGGUGCCGACGGAUACGAGGAACGUGUGGCCGUGGACGCUGCUGUCCGUGACCAUGGAGGAGGACUUAUGGGACCGGGGCAGAACAGGAAGUAACCUGGUGCCGACGGACACGAGGAAUGUGUGGCCGUGGACACUGCUGUCUGUGACCAUGGAGGAGGACCUGUGGGACCGGGCGGCAAUGCAAGCAGCAUCACGCACAGUAGCAGUGCAGAGCGCAAGGCAGCAAGCCGUGCAGCGAGCACCACAGCAGCAUUACAGGAAUCUGGUGCCGACGGACACGAGGAAUGUGUGGCCGUGGACGUCGCUGUCGGUGACCAUGGAGGAAGACCUGUGGGACCGGCGUGACUUCACGGGCAUUCCCCCUCCACCCCUGGGCUUCGACGAGGGCCGGGACGACAUCUACUCACGCGCCCACCUCCGUGACUUCACGGGCAUCCCCCCUCCGCCCGUGGGCUUUGACGAGGGCCGGGAGGACAUGUACUCGCGUGCACACCUCGUGAUGCCUCUGAGGGAUUUUAUCGAGCUGCCCUUGGCGUAUGACGUGGUGCACAAUGGGGCUACUUUCCAGCUAGCGGGCAUCACGAACAACAGCGUGCUGCCAGAGGCGAAGCGGCUGCGGCAGUGCGUCCUGCAGCACCCGGACCUGGGAGGGGAGAUGCUGAAGCUCGCCAAGGCACGGGUGGACGCGUUGAUCCAUCUGGGCUUCACGGACCGCAUGGAGGAGUCAAUCGAGCUGCUGCUCGCUGUGCUCGACCGCUCCCUCUCCUCCCAGGCCUUCACCCUCCCUGGCAAGAACCCCAGGGGGCGGUGCAAGAGGCCCAAGAAGAAGGCCAAGGAGAACGAGCGGCCGUGGAAGAGCAUCCGGGAGCAGUAUGCGGAGUGUCUCAAGGACCAGAUGGAGCUUACUCAGCUGAACGAGCUCAUUGCCUUCCGCCACAUGGGCCCGCUUAAGUUCUCCAGGAAGGAACGAGCGCGCAUACCAGAGGACGUGAUGAGGCGCAUCAAGGAGCUGAAUACUCCCUCUCAACCAUGCCUCCCUCUCUCUAUCUAUGCUCUCCCUCCCCGCCAUUCUCACAACCCUCGUCCAUCGCCAUCACCAUCACCAUCAGGACGUGAUGAGGCGCAUCAAGGAAGGAAGCUUACUUCAUUUCACUCCGACUCUCCGUCUCUCUCCCUCUCCUGCCAUCCCACCCCAGGAGCGGGCACGCAUAUUAGAGGACGUGAUGAGGCGCAUCAAGGAGCUGAAUGCUCUUGA